AUGGGUUCAGCAAUCACAGAGCAUCGUCGGGUCAUCGUGGUUGGGGCUGGCCCGGUCGGUUUGACAACGGCCACCAACCUAGCAAGGCUCGGAGUUUCUGUUCUGGUGCUUGAAAGACACCACGAAGUUGACCAAUCUCCUCGUGCAGCUUCAUACCAGCCUUGUGCUCAAGCCGAACUUCUCGAGACUGGGACUCUAGAAGAUGUUAAAAAGGCCUCUAUCAUCAAUGACGUGCUUUCAUUCUGGAUCAAGGGCCAAAGAGUUGCCCAUGUCGAGAAACGAGAAGGGGGGAGCAUCUUCCCGGCUGGCAUUAAUUGUCCCCAGCCAAAACUAGCAGAGAUCCUCCUCCAUCACUUGACAACGAAGUACAACUCGGAUGUUAGGUUCAACCAGAAGGUGAUUGAGAUCGAACAGAAUGCAGACGGCAGCCAGGUGUCGCUACUUGCGAUUGACCCUGCGACUGAUGAAGAGACAAAGUACACAUGCGACUGGCUUGUCGGCGCAGAUGGUGCAGGUUCUAGCGUGCGCAAAUUGUCGAAGAUUCCCUUUGAAGGGUUCUCCUGGCCAAAGGAAGAUUUCGUCGCUACCAAUUUGCGUUACGACUUCUUCCAGCAUGGGUUCACCACGGCAAACUUCAUCAUGGACCCAGUCCACUGGGCUGUCGUCACCAUCCUCGACAGCACCGGGCUCUGGCGCUGCGCGUUUGGAGUCCGGGCAGGUCUAACUAAUGAAGAGAUACAGGCUGAACUCGACCAGCAUUACAAGCAUAUCUUCCCCGUGUGGCCGGUAGAAUACGAGCUCGUCCAGUUGAACAAGUACAAACCACAUCAGAGAUGUGCCCAGACUUUCCGAAAAGGAAGGGUACUGUUGGUUGGAGAUGCAGCACAUAGUAACAAUCCCAUUGGCGGUCUGGGGUUGACCACCGGACUCCUAGACGCCGGCCCUCUAGGACGGGCUUUGGGCGCGGUCAUCUCAGGCCGAGCUCCAGAAGCCCUACUCGACAUUUGGGCGAGCUCGAGGCGAGAUAAAUGGCUGAACUUCACCAAUGCGUUCUCCAUCGAAAAUAAGAGGUUGAUUCAAAGAGCUGGAUAUAGUGAUGACCCGUUGGGGAUAUGGAAAAUCGACGACGUUGCCAGGGACCACCAGAUGGAGCAAUGGCUUGCCACGGCCACCCCUGAGAAGGAGCAAGCCGACCUCAACCUUUACAAAGCCCUCGAGGAUCCCCAAGCCCAGCUGUCUAGUCGAAUGAAGCAAUGGGAAAUCACCAUGGAUCCGACAUGGAUGGCGGAGUAUGAAGAUCCCGAGCUCGUCAAGUACCGGAUUUCCCUGAGGCCAAUGGUCCUGUCGGCACCCAACUUGUGA